UUUUCUCUUGUCCAAGAGAUUAUGUCUGUGUCUUUGAAACUCAGAGAUACUAGUGUAGUCACUGCAGAUGAAUAAAAUGUGGCAUCGUGAGAAUUGCUAUAUUUUAGUCAAAAGGAUGUAGUAGGUGUAGUUAAUGGUCAGUGGUUUUGCUGUUUUUCUGAAGAGAUUUGUACUUAACCUAGAUUUUGGCUUCCUUCAUUAAACUAACUCAUAAUUUCUUUUUCCUUACAUUGUCCAAGAGAAGACUUGGUUGCUACAAAUGAGAUAAUGUAAUCACAAAGUUUUGUCCUUGGGGUUAGAAUCUGGAACUGGACACUAUACAGUGCUUCUCAGUGGGUUUUUAGAUGCCAAAUUGUUUUAUUCCUUCAAAUGGUAAGGCUUUAGAAAAUUGAGCUUAACACCCAUUGUCUCUGGUACUUUACACUAUGUGAAAAGGAGAUAAAGUUUGGUUUGUGUUUUGUGUCUUCUUGAUCAGUGGAGGCAAAUGGAGAAGUAUGUGGAGAAUCGAGAAUACUGAAUAUUCAGGAUUAUAAUUGAAAUUGGAAGUUUUGAUAGAGUAACAUUAAAAAGUAUGCAGGACUUACAUGGUGCUGCACUAGAACAGGUCAUCAGAAAACAACUGGAAUCAAUUAGUUUGAUGCAAUGCACUGCAGUGUGUGUACAUAAAAAUUAUAGUUUGGAUUAAAAAUGCAUGAUGAACUGAAUCACCCUCUGUGAUUUGUGUUGCAUAGCUGUCCCAGAGCAUGCAAGCUGGAUUCCUUUUGGGUUCAACUGAGCAGGAAGAUAGGCCCUAGGAGCACAUCAAAUAUGUUCCAAGAAUUGUGGAGUUCCUAGGACAGAAUUAAAGCUGGUCUGAAGUUGAAGAACAAUGGCUUCCUUCAGCAACCUGACUAUUGGCAUUGCUCUUGCCAGUUUUACUGUAUUUCAGCUCCUUUUCCAUGUUGUAAGUUCUUGGGUGUCAACACAAAUAACACCUGGUUUUAACAGUCUCAGCCAAAAAAGGAAGAUCGAAUGGAAUUCAAGGACAGUGUCCACAUUCCACGCCUUGGUGGUUGGAGGGUUUUGCCUUUACAUUUUAUUGUACGAUGAUGCUGUUAAUGCUGACCAUCUCUGGGGUGACCCUUCAAUUGUGAAGCUGAAUAUUGCUAUUACCACAGGCUACCUCAUUUCUGAUCUGUUGCUUAUUAUUUUCUACUGGAAGGCAAUUGGUGACAAAUUUUUUGUAAUACAUCACUUGGCAGCUCUGUAUGCUUACUAUUUUGUACUGAGCAAAGGUCUGCUGGCUUAUUUUGGAAACUUCCGUCUCCUUGCAGAGUUCUCCACUCCUUUUGUCAAUCAGCGGUGGUUUUUUGAAGUACUGGGAUAUCCCAAAUCUUCAAAGGCCAACAUCAUCAAUGGUGUGCUGAUGACAGUUGUGUUCUUCGUGGUGAGGAUUGCCGUCAUGCCUGUGUAUUACAGCCACGUAAUUUCUUCAUUUGGAACAGAAGGUUUCCAGAGAUUAGGAUUUGCAGCCCAGAGCGCCUGGAUGAUCUCAAGUGUUGUCUUGGAUAUUAUGAAUGUCAUGUGGAUGGUCAAAAUUGCAAAAGGAUGCUACAAGGUCAUUUGUCUUAUUGGACAGGAGGAAGCAAAAACUCAUAGAAAUGGAAAAUCUGCCUAGAAAUCAUACAUAAAAUGAAAUUUCUGCUAUGAAAAUAAUUGGGGUUCACUGAAACAGUGCACAUUUCUGCCAUGGAAUGCUCCUAUUAUGGAAACAAGGUAUUACCUCUGUACUGACCUUACUCUUUCCCUAGCCACACUGCCUGCACGCCCAGGGCCACGCUUUGCGGAUCCUGUCCAGUGAGGAAUAAAAGCAGAAGCUCACACAGAUGAGCUCCACACGCCUGUUGUAAGCAGUUGCAAGCAUCAGAAAUUAGAAAGGAGCAGACUGGUUACUGCUUAUUGUCCACCAGUGUGUUCAAAGUGUUUCUCUCAGGUUUCUCCGAUUAAAAUGUUUUAUAAAUCCA